AUGGAUGUUCUCAAGUCUGACAAGGAAUCCGCGACACUGCUUGACAAGCCACUGGAUCAAAAAGAAGCGGUUGGCUUAAGCCGAUCCCUUGACGGGCAGGUUGGUCUCCAGCCGCCAAAAACCAAUAAUAUUCAUCCCUUGUACCAGCUUGCAAGAACACAGGUCCCUUCCCAACUAGACCUGGGCAUGAACAGAACAUACUCCUCAUUUGGAUCCGAAGGAAGCUUGCUGGAAUCAUCGAGACGAAGAAACGGUUCUUCAUUUAGUUUCCAGUCCAACGACAGUUUUCGAAACAGUGUUUUAUCGUCUCCCGAGAAACCAAGCUCCAGCACCAUGAAAACCAGCUACGUUGUAAUUAAUGGAUUUCCGUUUCCGCUGGAGAUCGUGUUCCCCAAGAAGAUCUCGCCGAAAGCUCGUCUGAAGGUGCUGAAAAAAGAAGAGGAUAGCGUUUGCGUUUCCAGACCUGCUACGCAGCCGCUUCCUUCCAAGAAGUCGAGUCCUCUACUUCAAAGUAAAAGCAAGUCGCUUCUUGCUAUUCCCGAGAUCACUGUGGUGGACAAGAAGAUGGACUCAGAGCUCGAACCGCAGCUGAUCUUUGACGAUUUCCGACAUGGUCGGUACGAGCCGAUGGCACAAACGGAGGCCUGUGACGACGAUGACGACAUUUCGUUAUAUUCCAGCAUCAAGAGACUGUUGUACGACUCUUUGGAAGAGCUGGAAACAAAGCAGGUGCCUAUAGCGUCGUCCUGUGUGAGCGAAGACCUUUCCGCGAAAGCAACGAGCUCGGCAAACAAGUCUGGGGCCAAACGCGAACCACUGUUCUACAUUGCUGGCUACCAAGAGGCCGCCAGAAUCAUCAAGUCUUCCGAUACCUUGCUAGAGGAGAAAGAAAACCAGGGCAACGUUCUGCCAGAGAAACUAAAGGUUAUCAGCUGUUCCCCGUCAUUGUUGGAUGAACUGUGUCCUCAAGACAACGAUCAUCCGUCUCCGUCACUACAAAUGCUGAUGAGUCUAAAUAUGCUUGGCGAUGAUUUAUUUAUGCGUGAUUGUCUGGUCUAG